GCGGCGGCGGCGCUUCCGGGCGGCGGCGGGACCUCCUCCGGCGCCGCGCCCGGUGUAUGGCGGUGGCGCGGAGUAUGGGGCCGGAGCGGGUGUGUCCCGAGGAGCCGGGGCCGCCGGAGGCCCCCGACGGCGCGGCGGGAUGGAGCGGCGACGAGGAAGAAGAGGAGGAGGAGGAGGAAGAAGAGGAAGGCGGCAGCGGCGGCGUCGGGUACUUGUACCAGCCGCUGAGCCAGGAGCCGGAGCCGGGCCCCGGCGAGGCGGGCCCCACCGAGGCGGGCCCCGGCCUGCAGGAGCGGCUGCAGAUGCUGAGGCUGCACCUGCCCGACCCGCCGGCGGACAGCGAGGAGGAGGAGGAGGAGGCGGCGGCGGCGGCGGGGGAAGGCGCUGCGGCCCAGAGCAGUCGCAGCUCCAUCCCCAUGGAUGCAGAGCAUGUGGAGCUGGUGAAAAGGACGAUGGCCGGCGUGAAGCUUCCCACCCUGGGCAUCCCCGCCUGGGCCAGCCAGAUCUCCGAGGACCAGUGGAAGGACGUGGUGCAGCGCACGCUGCAGGCCCGGCAGAGCCUCGGUGGCCCCAAGCCCGAGUGGAAGUGAAGGGCAAGCUGCGGCGCGGGGGCUGCUGACCCCAGCCCUCCCUCCGCCAGGCGGGCACCUGCUGACCCGGAGCCCAGUGGUGAUGGGACUCGCCACCAUCGACCUUCCAGUUUCUCCCACUGAUGUCGUCCGACCGCCCUUCCUGCUCCUUUUUCCUGGUUCUGGCUGGCGCGUAAGUCACUGUGAUGUCCUUGUGUUGGCUUCCUCUGCCUCCGAGGAGCCCAACCGGUUUCCAUACCUGUGUGCGUGUGGAGGGAGAGGGCUUGGCUGGCUUUGCCCAGAUUCCCUUGGGACAAACACUGGAUUUGUUCCCGCGCUGUCAGUGCUGGAGAAGUCCCUCUCCACACUAGGGCCCCUCCUCCCAGGACAGGGGCUGUGUGUUGGAAUACCAGAGGUGGAGUCCAAUAUGUCUUUCCAAGAGAUUGGUUUUAUUUAGUUCUGUACAUACAGGGACAUCUGUACAAAAUCCAACACUUUCAUACUAUGUAAUGCUCUACUGAAAAUAAAGUACACCAUAUGUACAUAUGAA